GCCCUCCCGAGCCCGGCAUCCCGAGCCCCGCAUCCCGGCAUCCCGCAGCCUGCCGAGCCCCCCCGCGGAAAGGAGGGGAAGGAAGGGACAGGAACUGGUUUAAGAAGGAAAAAGAAUUGUGAAUUUGGUUUAGGAGGGGAAUUCGAAAAGGGGAAAGAAGGGAAAAAAAAGUUUAAAAGUUAAAAAGGAAAGGGGGAAAAAAACUUUGAAAAGAAAAAAUCAAGAGGAAGCAAUUUUUUUUUUUUUUCAAGAGAGAGGGGGGAAAAAAAAAAAGAAUUGAGGGAGGAAAGAAAAUAAUUGCGAAGGGCCCGAUCCGGGAAGAACAAUACUCGCCGGGAAAGUUGCUGCUUGGCUCGGGAGGGAGGAAAAUGCCGCAGCUGGGCAGCGGCGGGGACGACCUGGGCGCUACGGACGAGAUGCUGGCGUUUAAGGACGAGGGCGAGCAGGAGGAGAAGAUCCCCGAGAACGCCUUCACGGAGCGGGACCUGGCAGACCUCAAAUCGUCGCUGGUGAACGAGUCGGAGGGCAGCGGCAGCCCCGCGGCGGCCCCGGACCCCGAGGCCAUCAGGAGAGUGCAGGAUCCACAGAGGGUUUAUCAGGAGAAGCUCCCGGACCACAUGGAUGAUGCAGGUAUGAAGCAUCAGGACCCAGGGAUGUAUAAAGGAUCUGCGUAUUCUGGCUACCCUUUCCUAAUGCUCUCGGACCCUUAUCUGCCAAAUGGAUCUAUGUCACCUCUGUCCAACAAAGUUCCCGUUGUGCAGCCAUCGCAUGGAGUCCACCCGCUCACCCCACUCAUCCCUUACAGCAACGACCAUUUCAGCCACGGCUCCCACUCACCCCACUUGCCCGCUGACAUCAACCAGAAACAAGGAGUGCACCGUCCUUCCCAGACCUCAGACAUCCCAGGUUUCUACCCUCUCCCUCCCAGUGGAGUCGGACAGAUCACGCCGUCGAUGGGAUGGCAGAGCCAGUCUGUCUAUCCGCUCCCGUCAUGUGGAUUUAGACAGCCGUAUUCGUCAGCGCUUUCUGCUGGGGCUUCUUUCUCCAGGUUCACUCACCCGCUGAUGCUGGGCUCCGGCAUGCACACCACCGGCAUCCCGCACCCUGCCAUCGUGCCCCACUCCGGCAAGCAAGAGAUGGAGCACUAUGACCGGAACAUGAAACCUCAACCAGAACCAAAGAGAGAGAAGGAAGCCAAGAAGCCCACUAUCAAGAAGCCCCUGAACGCUUUCAUGUUAUAUAUGAAAGAAAUGCGGGCGAAAGUCAUUGCCGAAUGCACCCUGAAGGAGAGCGCCGCCAUCAACCAGAUCUUGGGAAGGAGGUGGCACGCGCUGUCCCGAGAGGAGCAGGCCAAAUACUACGAACUGGCUCGCAAGGAACGGCAGCUGCACAUGCAGCUCUACCCCGGCUGGUCUGCCAGAGACAACUACGGGAAAAAGAAGAGACGAACGCGGGAAAAGCAGCAAGAUUCCAACUCAGAUCCUGCCUCUCCUAAGAAAUGCAGAGCUCGCUUUGGCCUCAACCAACAAACGGACUGGUGCGGCCCGUGCAGAUCCUCCCACCACUCCCAGGAUGAUGCCAAAUGUUUAUGGAUUCUCUCCAGCCUGACAACCUUCACCGGUUUCUGGUAUUUUAUUUAUACUUGGACCUUUGAUAAAGAGGAAGCACCGCGGACAGAUUCUGAUCUACCUGAACUGACGUAAAUCCCAAAUUAAUCCAAGUCCUUGAUGUCCCUCAGGUUUACAGACUGCUCAGAGACCACAAUCUAGUCCAGUGCAGGGGCUUUUCCUGCUUGAAAGAAAUAUAUUUGACUGCUGAAGAGAAAAAUACCACCACACAGGGAGAAAGGGGCUAUUUUUUUCUACUUUACCGAAUAGGUUUUAAAGUACUGAAUGCAAAUUAUGUAGUAAUGUUAUUGCAGAACUGCAAGAAAUUAAGAUGACCUUUAUAAUGUACAAAAUAUUUUUAUAUUUUUUUGUUCUUAACGCAAAAAAAAAACCAUAAUUUUUUUACAUUGGACUAAAAAAGAGCUUUUUAAACAAGUUUAUGCUUCAAAGAUUCAAAACUUAAAAAAAAAACAUCAAACCUGAUCAGUUUGUAGAGCAGCUUUGGGUUUAUUCCUUUUAUUUAGGUACUUUUGCUUACAGUAGCAUAGAUUUUUUAACUCCAGUUUUAGCUUAGAAGAUCUAAACCUACUGCUUUACGCCUCUCCUGUGUAAACGUAACUCCAGAAGCACUGAAUGAAAGCAACGUGCACAAACCCAAAAAGACUGAAGAGUCAUUUUGAAGUCUGAAAGAAUUAUUUUAACCCUUUGAGAAGUAGCAUUACCUGAACUGGCUGCCAACUGUACACUUGCCCGUGUACUUUCUGUGCUCAGAGGGGUAAUUACAGAGCACUAGAGCAAUAUGCAACCUGCUCGGGUUUCAAUUACUUUAGCAAGCUCCAGUGCUGACCAGAGGAACUCGGCCGACUCCUCCUCAUCUGACACCAUCUCUUUUUAUCACUCAAUUUUAAAAAAAACAAACCAAAAAAGAUUGCUAAACACCCCCGGCUAUGUCUCAGCUCAGUGUGUGCCCCCCUGAGCUCCUCUGCUGUAGGUGCUGCACAAGUGGCAGCUACUGCAAAAGCCACCGAUGACAAAUCGGCCACAGUGGCCUUGCAUAACGCAGACCUGGGUGCAAAGCAGACACAACUUCAUAUCCAAGUGUUGUUUUGUGGCUGGAUGUUUUCACAGAAAAAGAAAGGCAGGGAUAAAAGGAAAAGCAGAUGUGUCUAAGGAACAUCAAGGGAAAGUCCCAAACAGUAUUAAACUGUCUUCUGACCAAGGCCUACAUAGCACUAGUGCAGAGAGAACAACCCUCAGUCAUUUCAGAACUCACCAGGAUUUUUACGCGUUAUUUCAAGGCUCUUUUGCUCCUCUGCAGCAGCGUGGGCACCUGACUGUUCAGGAGUCACCAGCAGAAGGCCCAGCUGUAUCAUAUUUGCAUUAUUCCAUCCCAAUUCCUGCAAAACCUCUUUAGUGAAACCUGCUGCUCCCUCCCCAGGAGCCUUUCCUCAUGUGUUCCUGGGAUGGAAGCACUUCCACAGCCCCAGCACUGGAGCAGUUACACCCAAUCUCCAUCCUGUGCUCAGCAAUAUACACACAGGUUAAGCCAGACCUUACCCUGUGCUUCCAGCUGCCACAGUAUAAACCUAGAACAUCCCCUCAGUACACUGUAAGAUGUUCAAUUUAUACUGGUCUAACUGGGAAAAGGUAACCUUUUUUCCUUCCCACAAAACACUCAAGAGAACUUCAAGCUGCCCCUUUCUAGGACAGAACAGUGAGAAAGAGCAGCUUCUGCCACACACCCAUGGCUGAUAACCAAUGCCAAAACAAAGUUACUUAAUGCCAAAAAAGUGUCUUUAGAAAUGCUAUAUGAAGUGUUGCUAUUUUGUGUUAAUAGUUUUUUUUUUUUUAAUAGAAGGAAACCUUUACCCUUAAGUUUUUAUCGCAGCAAGGAUUUUUUUUGUUUUUAGUUCACAGCAAUUUCAACUCUUCUUGAAAUACAGAUUUGAGUUCCUGGCAUCAGUUUGAAUGUAGAAGUCAUGGAAGUACCACUUCAUUAAACCAAGUAAAACCACUGUAUGUAUGUAGCAGGGAUAAAUGGUUCACAGCUGUACUUUCAUUUGUCCAAUGCCUAUCCAUCAUUUGUUGUAAUUUUUUUACUUCAUUGAGUUUGUAUUUUUUGGCUUUUAUGUUCAAAAUAUGUUUAUAGCUUUAUAAAUAAAGUAAUUGCCAGACUGGCUAUUCAAAAUAGGCCACUGGAAGUUAUAAUCCUACCAAACUGUCAAAUAACUAUUUUUUAGUAUUCAAGAGUAUUCCUGUCUCGCCCAGUUUGGGUCCAGAGGAGGCCACAAAGAUGAUGGAGGCUGGAGCACCUCUGCAGUGAGGACAACCUGAGAGAGAUGAGGUUGUUCAGCCAGGAGAAGAGAAGGCUCCAGGGAGACUUUAGAGCAGCUUCCAGUGCUGAAAGGGGCUGCAGGAAAGCUGGGGAGGGGCUUUUUCCAGGGGCCUGUAGUGAUAGGACAAGGGGGAGUAGCUUUAAAGUGGAAGGGGGAAGAUGUAAACAUUAGGAAGAAAUUCUUCACAAUGAGGGUGGGGAGGCCCUGGCCCAGGCUGCCCAGGGAAGCUGUGGCUGCCCCAUCCCUGGAGGGGUUCCAGGCCAGGUUGGAUGGGGCUUGAGGAGCCUGAUCUGGUGGGAGGUGUUCCUGCCCAUGGCAGGGGGUGGGACUGGAGGGGCUUUAAGGUCCCUUCCAAGCCAACCCAUUCCAUGAUUCUAUGAUCUGUAUGUAUGAAGCUUGUAGAAUAGUUUCCAGCAAUCCUCAGUGGAUAAAUCUGAAAUAGCAAACCAAGACAAAAAAAAACACCUUUCUCUUAGAAUCCCCAGCCAACUCCUUGCCUUCCCUACCCCACAUUUAAUCACUUUAGCUAAGAGCAGCUAUCCCUGAUCAUGCCAUGACUUAAAAAAAGGGUUAAGGUAGCACCAUACAAGUUAAACAGCAACACAAGUGUAACAGUGGGAACGGGGACAGUUUCUCCCCAUUUCAAGAAUUUCAAAGUACAGAGCAGAGACUGUACUAGAGAGGAAUGUCAAUAAGAGAAAGGAAGCUGCAUGGAAUCCUAACUACCAGGACUACUAAGGAUGUUGGAAUCUGUCAAAGCUGGGUACUGCUUUGAGCACCCAGACCAGCCCCUUCUCUCACACACUGCCACACUGUACCUCCACGCUUCCACCACGAUACCAGACCUUGGGCAGAAGCGCCACCCUGACAGUGUCUGACCGCCCAGGGCAGUGUUUUCAGCAAGCUGUUACCAUUAGCAAGUCUCAGGAUGGAAGGCGUGCAUUAGGCAAGGAGGGCAGAGCAGGCAGAAGCAGGGGAAUGAGGAAAAGCAGCUAUGCAUUUGUCUCUUCCUCAUCCUACAGCUUAGCAAGGCUCAGCAUGAGGCCACAGCUGCUAACACAGAUCCCGCUCCGAUGACAGACACCCAAAGGAAUGGAUACAGGCUUCUACCAUUGAACACAACUACAUUAAAAGCUUCUAUGUUAGCAACACUGCACACCCUAGGUGCAUUCCAAACACUAACUUCACACAGAUUAUUUCUUUCUCUUAGGAAUCCAAGACAAGCUAAAUAUCACACUACAGUUACAGCCACAGAGAGAACGGUAAUCAGAUUUUCUCCAGCAGCAUUUUUAAACUGAGGUGUAUUGUUUGCAAUAUAGGAUGCUGGAAAGGCUCCAUCACAUCCAGGCCUGGCACCAGUGUGCUAAUGCUCACUGACAAGAGAAUAUCUCUAACACCCAUAUGACAUACACAUCAGCACAAAGGCAGGCCCAGCAGCCUCAUGAAUGAGCAGAGCUGAGCAGCAGCUGCAUCCAAAGCAUGGGUUUGAAUGCCGCCUUAGAGCAAGUGAUGAAUGCUUUCAUUAAGGGUUACGCAGAUUACCUAAAAGCUAGUAAGCCAUCAAAAAGUAUAUCCAGCUGGAU